AAGGCAGCCAAUCGGAGGAGCGCUUCAGGCAGUUGGACAGGCAGUGUAUAAAAGGUAAACAUGAUGUGUGAAACACACACUUGUUGCCCACAGAAAGACCUUCAUACACUGGGAGUCAUGAAGCUGACUGUGCUGCUGAGCUGUGUCUCUAUGCUGCUCUAUGCCUCUGUCCUCUCCCAGGAGGAUGAGACCGUGGCCCAGUUUGCAGACAGUGAUGAGACCAUGAUGUCUGGAGCUCCAGAACCCGAGUCUGAAUUCAGAGAGGCUGCCUGCGGCAAGUAUGAAGGACCCUGCACCAAGGAGUUUGAUCCAGUCUGUGGCAGUGAUGGGACCACCUAUGGCACAGAGUGUGUUCUCUGCCUGCACAACAGGAAAGAGAAGAAGAAUGUGAAGGUAGCAUUCAAAGGAGUGUGCUCUCAUUAACCAACUGUGGUGGACACACACAUGCACACACACACACACACAUUCCCUGUAUGUUGCCAUCUGAAUAAAGCUCCAUCCUGCAGCA